UGUGAAUGCGCCCCUCUGUGGUGAACUCAGGUGCACGCACACUACGAGGAACCGCCAAACAUACACACACAGAAGUGGACACAUGACAGGCCUACUGGGCAACCAGUCAAGCUAGUGUUGCUGGUGUAGCCUGGAUGAAAUCAUGUUUGUAGCGCGCAGUAUCGCAGCAGACCAUAAAGAUCUAAUACACGAUGUGUCGUACGAUUUCCACGGCCGGAGAAUGGCAACAUGUUCCAGUGACCAAAGUGUAAAGGUUUGGGACAAAAGUGAGAAUGGAGAGUGGCACUGCACAGCCAGCUGGAAGACACACAGUGGAUCAGUUUGGAGAGUGACCUGGGCUCAUCCAGAAUUCGGUCAGGUUUUGGCCUCCUGCUCCUUCGACAGGACAGCAGCCGUCUGGGAAGAGAUUGUAGGGGAGUCCAAUGACAAGCAGAGAGGAUUGAGCCACUGGAUAAAGAGAACCACACUCGUGGACAGUAGAACGUCAGUGACUGAUGUGAAGUUUGCACCUAAACACAUGGGUCUAAUGUUGACCACCUGCUCUGCGGAUGGAGUGGUGAGGAUCUAUGAGGCUCCUGAUGUGAUGAACCUGAGUCAGUGGUCCCUUCAGCACGAGAUCUCUUGCAAACUUAGCUGCAGCUGCAUCUCUUGGAACCCCUCAAGCUCUCGUGCCCACCCGCCAAUGUUUGCAGUGGGAAGCGAUGACAGUAACGUCACAUAUGGUGGGAAAGUUCAGAUCUAUGAGUAUAAUGAAAACACAAGGAAAUAUGCUAAAGCAGAGACGCUGAUGACCGUCACUGAUGCAGUCCAUGACAUCGCAUUUGCUCCAAACCUGGGGAGAUCAUUCCACGUGCUGGCCAUUGCUACGAAAGAUGUCAGAAUCUUCAAGCUUGUUCCUAUGAGGAAGGAGAGCACCUCUACAGGACCCACCAAGUUGGAGGUGCAGAUUGUGGCUCAGUUUGACAACCAUAACUCCCAGGUGUGGCGUGUGAGCUGGAACAUCACUAGCACCCUGCUGGCCUCUUCUGGGGAUGAUGGCUGUGUGCGCCUCUGGAAAGCUAACUACAUGGACAACUGGAAGUGCACAGGCAUCCUAAAAGGAGACGGCAGCCCACUCACCGGCUCAUCUGGUCAGCCCACAGCCAUGAGCACCGUUGUGGGCUCCUCCGUUCAGACGUCACAGAAUGCCCUGAACGGGAUGUCUGCAGGAAGGUAUUUCUUUCCGCCUCUGGAUCCUCCCAGAGAGGGGACCAGGUAUGGUCACCUGCUGCCUCCUUCCUCUCUCAUAGAGCACUGUGAUGCUGAGCCCAUUCAGCCUCAGCAACAGGCUCUUCCCCACAGACACUCCUCUAGAGCACUGCUGCCCUUACCAGAGGCUGACGGACAGUGAUUUUGGGGUGAUUUAGCUCAAAUAAGAAGGGACAUGGGCGGGUUAUGGGCAUGAACCACACAACUGCCAAUCAUUUCUAAUAAAGACCUUCAUUUAUGUCUCUGUUUUCUAAUGUUUUGUUUCUUUUUCCUAUGCAUAAAUUAGAAAAGGUUUUGAACGAUAUGAAGAUUUUGUGAAUUUUGCAUUAUAUGGCCAAUAAAGCCAUUUUGAUAACCAUUUAAAUAGUCUACUGUACAUGUCAGACUGUGAAUAAAACAUUUCCAAUAUUUAGUUUUGUAUUCUAGUGCUUUAUAAUCUGUACAAUAAAAAGCAUGUUUUGUUUAUGGGGUCAUGGAUGUCAGUGUCAGCUGAUACAUUUUUCUGAAGGACCUUAACUAUCAGUGCCUACAGAGGAAAUGUUAUCACCCAGCGUUCAUGGAGGUUUAAAAUUGUACAUGGUGGAAGUAAGAAUAAACACCAUAAUAUAUAAAAAGAAGAA